AACAAUCUUCUUGGCAAUUUUGAAAGACACGUUGCAGUCCUUUGAGACACCAGAAACCGGACCUUUCAAAAUUUCUCGGGACGCUGUGCACGUCUUGCAUUCCGUUGCCCAAGUGGCCGUUGUCGAAGCUUUGAGCCUGUGGAACAAAUCAGCGAUCAGGGUGACCUUGCAGCUGUGCGACAUCCAGCAUGUCAGGGCCAUGUGCCAUGAACUUUCACCUGGCCUUCUAACUCUUCUGCGUAAUGACGCGGCCAAAGCAUUGAAGCAUUGCCGCGCAGCAGAUGGAGCUCCUAGGAAGAAGUGGGCUGAUCCUACGGUGAGUCCUGGUGUGGCUCCAACCCAAAUCGAUGAUUCACAGAGUGAGCGCGCGAGAUCCCCCCGUCGGGCGAAAGGCAAGGGUCCGGCUGCUGUGGCUGCCCCCGCUACCUCUCUUGACCCAGACCAAAUCUGGCAACAAACGUAUCCUGGAUGGGAGUUCCGGGAUGGCGGUGGCUCAGGGGACUGUGGGUUCCGAGCUGUGGCUCGCAGUUUGGGAGUCCAGCAAGGGAAGGAGUUUUCCUCGGAAAAACUGAUUGCUGAGGGCAGUCGGUUGAGAACUUUGACUACUGGACACUUAGUCUCUCAUAAACAUCUGUUUGAAGGUUUCUUUGCUCCGGAUCCCACUGAAACUCCGAUUCAACGAGAUCACCAGCCCAGUGCCCAAGACUUUGCCGAUUAUUGCAUGUUGGCCUCUCGGCGGCACUUUUGGAUUGAUGGUCUUCUUUUGUAUGCCCUGAGUCACCGACUUGGGUCGGUCUUUGUGAUCUGGGCAUGGAGCCCAACAGAUGGUGCAUGGCAGCGUCAUGUCAUAGGCCCCAAAGUCGAAAAUGGGUUUGCUGCGUCCAAUAACAAAAGCAACUAUACGAUCUGUUUAGCUUUGAGGGAUGGUCACUACCGCGCCUUGAUCCCCAUUGACAACGAUACCAAACCUCCCCGUGAGUGGUUCGCCGAAACUCCCAUGGUCCCCCGGGAGGUUCUUCGUGGUGCUGGUAAAAGGUCUGGCCCCUCGUCUGGAUCUGGUCUGUCCCUCCCUUCGAGUUCGUCUAGGUCAGGCGGGCAGGCUGGUCGGGUCGUGGCUCGUCCCUCUGGUCGCUCCCGAUCGUCGGGGUUGUCCAUCCCUUCGUGUCCUGCCGGCCCUCCCCGUCCUGUGGCUCCGGCCCCUAGUGUCGCCUUGAGUCUCCCGUCGGUCCCCCCUUCCGGCUGUCCCUCUGGUCCUGGUGUGGUUGGUCCUGCUGCUGGCGAACCCAGUCUCAGUCUCCCCCCUUGGUCCCCGUCUCGUCCUGGCUCCCGUGCUCCCCCUCGUGGUCUGGAUGCGGAGUUGGUCGAUGUUGGUGCUGCAGUCCCCAAUGAAGAGGUCUCGCAGGUUCCUUUGGCACCUGAGGAUCUUAAGCUGGACAGAGCGGCUUGUCAGAAAUUCAAUACGCGCAUGCGCGCGCAGAUUUUUUCCCAGCUGAUCAUUGCAAAGGGAUGGUCUGGGCUUCAUAAGGUUGAGUAUUGUCAAAAGGACACUGGUAAAACCAGUGGGUGGAAGUGUCAGGACUGUCACCGCUCCUUCCAGUUUGGUCAAGUGCUGCUCUCUGAUUGCACUCAACAAGAAGGUGCGGCUUCCCAGCAUGGUCUCACCGUGACACAAAAGCGACGUCGGUGGGCUGCUUGGAUCAAAGAAGCUUCCGCUAAGUAUGCUCCCUCUGUGGAGAAGCGGGUCAAAAUCUGGAAAGCAUGCCGCGAGCGUGCAGCAAAAGCUGUCACCAAUUGUGGCAACCGAGGUAAAAGGGCUGGAACCAUAGCUAAGGUUCGGAAAACCAUUGGCAAGACUUCUAGACCUCGUAGCAAAGCUCAGUUGCCCAAUCGCGCUGCUGGAACAGCGGCCACUUGUUCUGGUCUCCGAGGGGUCAGAGUUGGAGAGGCUUCCCACCCGGGCCCGGUCAAUCAGCUCAGAGUUCUCCACCUCAAUAUCAAUUCGCUUCGUAAGCAUUUUACCGCUCUGUGUGCCUUGGCUCGAAGGAAAAAGGUCCACGUCAUGUGCUUACAGGAAACUGGGAUUACCCAAUCACGAAUGCCUUCUUUGGCCAAUUUGUGUCAGAGAAGUGGAUGGCAGAUGGUGGCCAUUCCGGCUCACCUGGUGGAAGGAGGUGGCCGCGGGGGCGUGGCCGUGUUAGUUAAAGAGCCCCUGGCUCUCUCGCAUGUUCAUCAGUCAACUGGUACCUGGGGUCAGCUGCUGGUUUGUGAACUCUUGGGUCAUGCCAUGCCCAUAACGGUUUGCAGUGGUUAUCGAAGGCCGGAUGGUGCCUUGGAUUCUGCUAAUGAGGCCAUUUUGUCCGGCUUUGCCAAGGCACAGCAUCGGCACUGGAUCUUAGGAGUCGAUUGGAACUCCUCCCCUUACCAAGGCCCUUUUCAUGAUCUUAUGGGCCGGCUGGGAGGAUCGGUGGCUGCUGUUUCGGGCCAUCGUACCAGCAGCACCCCGACGGAUUCGUCGUGGAUUUCUGGGUCGUUGUCGUGUGACACUGCCGAAGUGCUUGCACCUCUUUCUGACCAUUUUGGUUCCUGUGUCUCUCUGUCCCGACUUCCUUUCUUGCAUGCCACCCCACCGGCACUCACCUUCCAAAAGGUUGCCCCCCUUUUGCCUGACUCUGAGUGGCCGUCCCUGUCUAAGGAGCAAGCUGAGGCUGAGUGGACUAAGGCCACUCCCAGUGUUAGUGCGUGGCAACAACUUCUCCGGGAAACUCCUGAGGCUUCUUGGAAGGCUUGGAGCAGUGCGGCCAAUGCUUUCCUGCUCCAGACGGGAAAAACCUGUGCUACGCCUGGCACUCGGGAACGUGGUACUGUGCCUAAGUUGAUCAAUGCCGGUGCCCGGGUGGCCCCCGGGCAACCCCUUCGUGAACGCCAACUUAGGCGUCUGAUUCGCCGCUUGGAUGAGAUUCGGCAUUUAGAAAUCGAACAGUAUCCGCUGCCUCCCGAUUUGGUCCGGGCGUGCGUUCGUGGAUGCAGCACGUGGGACCUGCAGCAACAAGCUGAACUUCAUCAGUGGGGUGCAUGUCGGGACAUCUUGCACCGCAAGCUGCAAGAGCAAGUCGAAACUUGGGGUACUUGGCCUGACGCGCUGACGCAGUGGCGCCUCACCUUUGUUCCCAAGGGCCAAAAUGCUGCUCAGGUCACUGAGGCCACUAAGGUCCGUCCGAUAGCUAUCGGCAGCUUGAUUUUCAGAGCUUACGCCAAGAGACGGUUCCACCAGCUCGGCACCCAUUUGACUCAAUGCCUCCCGCCGCUGCAGGUUGGAGGGUUGCCUCACUUAGGUUUGGAUACCUUAGUUUUGGCCAUGCAAAAUGAAACUUCUUUUCAGUCGCACCCCUACGCUGCCAGUCUUGACUUUCAAAAGGCAUUCGAUUCGGCUGAUUGGUCACUCGUUGUGCAGCUGUUACCCAGAGCUGGAGUGCCCGAUGCGAUCGUCAGUGCCUUGGCUGGAAUGUGGAAAUCUCAGACCCGUUGGGUCACUCUUGGGACCUGCGUGGCCAAGCGACCGCUGCGCAACCUUGCUGCUUUGCUGCAAGGAGAUCCGUGGGCGCCCUUAGGGCUCUCACUGGUUUUGGCUCCUGUCAUUCGCCGAAUUGCCAGUAGAAUCCCUGCAGGCUUUCAGAUCACUUACAUGGACGACCGAACAGGUCUUCUUGAUACUCCUGCCUCUUUGAGACUUUUCCUGGAGGAGUGGCGAGCGUUCGAGCGCCUGGGUCGUCUUAAGUCCAAUCAAACAAAAACUCAGAUUUGGGGUCGGACCCCUCAGGCGGUGUCUGAUCUGCGAGAGGCUGGGUUCACUGAGGCCAAGGAUUCUUUCCAUGUUUUGGGAAUCACUUUUGGGGCCACGGAGCCUACUCCUGAGGACAUCAAGCGUCAGAGUGACGCCACCAGUCGUGCCACUGCUAUUGCUUAUUUGCCUGUUUCGGCCAAGUUGAAAAGAGGACUUGCUCAGGCAGUCUACGCUUCCCAUGCUGCGUGGGGGACCUUUUUGAAGGGUCGGGGUCCCACUGCUCAGGAACAGUCGAAGUUUGCCACUGAGUUCAAUCAGGCGGUCCAGAUGCUUCAGAAAGCUCUCCGUCCCUUGGGUUGGACGGCUUCCUCUCAGGGUAUAAAGCGCUCCUGUGGGGCUCCAUUAGGCCUCUCCGCGAACUCAGCGUGCGGCCUAGGUGGGCCGCUGGUGCGCGCCUCUACACACAAGGUGGAGCUUUGCGCUUUGGCGCUGUGGCUUCGCUCUUGGCAGUGUGUGGCGCAACUCUUCUUCUUCUUUUACCUCUUCGAAAUCAGCUGCCGUGCGACUACCUCCGUGUGGUGGCAGCGGAACCCGGUAUCUUGGUCCGGUGCCGUGGUACAAAAUGUUUGCAAUAAAGAAGUGGCCGUUGAAGCCACCAAGAAGACCCAUUCAAGAUGUGCUCCUGAAAAGCACCAAGAUCCCCAGAAAAACCAAAUCAAAAAAGAUCAAGUGAGACAGGGGCGACAGGCAUUUGGGCUGCCAAGUUCUGCUUUCUCUGCCAUGCUGAUGCUGCUGUGGCUGCCUUGCUGCUGCGGCUGUUUGCUUCAACCCCCUGAAACCCCCUGGUGGAAUUUUGGGAAUUCCUUUGAGGGUUUGGUCGGUGGUUGUGACUUGGAACAAAUUAGAUACCCUUGCCCUUCGGGCACCCACGAGCUCGGCGCGCAAUACGUGGCAAUGACCAGUCAUGGCGAUGCUGAGCUGUUGCAGUAUGAAGCUGCGGGCAGUGCAGAUCAGCGCCUUGCUGCGGGCUUCCCCGUGGUUGCGGCUGAUGGAGGCGCUGCUGGGAUGGCGGCUGUGAGCUUUCCAACAGGUGCCGCUCCUUGGACCGGAUCGGCGCUCGUCUCUUGGAAGGGAUGGGCUUUGACGUGGACUGUGCCCACAUGGCUAGUGGAGUUUUUGGUUUAUGGGAGUUUCUUCAUCUUCCAUUGGCAUUGGUUUGAUGUCGGUGGUGCGGUGGAUUUGCGGGUGGUUAGGAUGUCGGGUUGGCGAAGCCUCUCAUCCUGGCCCUGGGCUGCAGAAUCAAACGGCCCUCGCAAAGUCGAGGGCCCUUCUGCCCAGUUGUCUGAUACCAAAAGGCAACUUGGCGAAAAGUUGUUUCACAAAAUUUCGAAACUUUCCAACCAAGCCGGCAAAGUCACUGGUAUGUUGUUGGAGCAACCUGUCAAGGAGAUUAACAAAUGCCUUGCUUCAGACACUUUGCUUAAAGCUAAAGUGGAUGAAGCCUUGAAGUGCCUUGGAUCUGCCAAUUCUGGGUCAUGGGCCGACAAAGUGACCCAAUCUGGCCCCAUCCGCCAGGAUGUCCCCAAAUCCAAAGGCAAAGGCAAGCAGGCUGGGCUGUUUGCUCAACGACAAGGGGCGAAACCUCAGCGCCAAACUGAAGCUAAGGCCGCCCACUCUGACCCUGGGCUUUCUGCGUCCUCAAAACAAAGCGGCCGCCGCUUUGCUGCCAAGAUCAGUGAUUCUGAGUGGACUGGAGCUGUGAAACUCACUUCCUUGCCCCAGAUCCUGGGCGCUUUGCGCGACGGUGAGGAGGUCCCUGGUAAUUUGGUUUUCUCAUCAGACCCUUUAGUCGCUGAUGAACUCAAACAAGUCUGGAAUGCAUAUGAGUUGAAGCAGCCACUCACGGUUGCGAUUGCCAUGCCCCCUGACUCUGCGUUUCCCACCGUGGUUCCACUCCUUGCUGUUCGGGGUCCGAAACUUGUGACACUUAGGCUGCUGACUCCUCAAUUUUACCGCAAAUUUGUUGCGGGCGUUGACCGCGAAGACAGCCCUUCGACUGUGAUAGCUGAAUGGGCCCAACAAACGGCCACUCCUGUGGCCUCCUUCACGGGAGGACGAUGGGAGAAAUUGGUUCAUCCCAAAGGCAACAUCCUGAUAGCGCAUCUGCGCGUCCCGGAGCGCUUGGCUGCUCAGGUUUGUGACCUGUCCGGCAAGAGAGCCUUGUUUGCCACGGUCGUUACCAGAGAGGACCGCCCGCCUGUUUGCUGGAUUUCUAAGGACAAAUCCCUUUCAGAUGAACAAUAUUUCAGAUCUGUUUCUGCUCAGGCGCAGGCCAAGGGUGUGAGUGUCGCACUGAGACAGAGUCCUCACCACAACCUUGGUUUGGUCGGCAUAGCGCCUGACCAAAACCAGGCCACCAAGAAAAGAGCUUGGGAGAUUUUUGGCGCCCCCAAACAUUGGUAUCAGAGCCAUGUCAACAGCUUUCUUCAGGAGGAAGGAUGGAAGGAGGUCCAGGUCCGGGCUAAGGCCUUUCGCAAACAGCAGCAAAUUUGGUUGGUCCAUGCGGUUUGUCCCCCUUUCCAAAACAAUGAUGUUGCUCAAAGUGGUUCUUGGUUUUAUACCGAUCCUGACAACAUUUGUCAUAUCACGGUGACUUUAGAGAACAGACAAAAACAACAGACUCUUCCGUCUGAGCAGCUGAAGGCUCCUAGGAAGAAGUGGGCUGAUCCUACGGUGAGUCCUGGUGUGGCUCCAACCCAAAUCGAUGAUUCACAGAGUGAGCGCGCGAGAUCCCCCCGUCGGGCGAAAGGCAAGGGUCCGGCUGCUGUGGCUGCCCCCGCUACCUCUCUUGACCCAGACCAAAUCUGGCAACAAACGUAUCCUGGAUGGGAGUUCCGGGAUGACGGUGGCUCAGGGGACUGUGGGUUCCGAGCUGCGGCUCGCAGUUUGGGAGUCCAGCAAGGGAAGGAGUUUUCCUCGGAAAAACUGAUUGCUGAGGGCAGUCGGUUGAGAACUUUGACUACUGGACACUUAGUCUCUCAUAAACAUCUGUUUGAAGGUUUCUUUGCUCCGGAUCCCACUGAAACUCCGAUUCAACGAGAUCACCAGCCCAGUGCCCAAGACUUUGCCGAUUAUUGCAUGUUGGCCUCUCGGCGGCACUUUUGGAUUGAUGGUCUUCUUUUGUAUGCCCUGAGUCACCGACUUGGGUCGGUCUUUGUGAUCUGGGCAUGGAGCCCAACAGAUGGUGCAUGGCAGCGUCAUGUCAUAGGCCCCAAAGUCGAAAAUGGGUUUGCUGUGUCCAAUAACAAAAGCAACUAUACGAUCUGUUUAGCUUUGAGGGAUGGUCACUACCGCGCCUUGAUCCCCAUUGACAACGAUACCAAACCUCCCCGUGAGUGGUUCGCCGAAACUCCCAUGGUCCCCCGGGAGGUUCUUCGUGGUGCUGGUAAAAGGUCUGGCCCCUCGUCUGGAUCUGGUCUGUCCCUCCCUUCGAGUUCGUCUAGGUCAGGCGGGCAGGCUGGUCGGGUCGUGGCUCGUCCCUCUGGUCGCUCCCGAUCGUCGGGGUUGUCCAUCCCUUCGUGUCCUGCCGGCCCUCCCCGUCCUGUGGCUCCGGCCCCUAGUGUCGCCUUGAGUCUCCCGUCGGUCCCCCCUUCCGGCUGUCCCUCUGGUCCUGGUGUGGUUGGUCCUGCUGCUGGCGAACCCAGUCUCAGUCUCCCCCCUUGGUCCCCGUCUCGUCCUGGCUCCCGUGCUCCCCCUCGUGGUCUGGAUGCGGAGUUGGUCGAUGUUGGUGCUGCAGUCCCCAAUGAAGAGGUCUCGCAGGUUCCUUUGGCACCUGAGGAUCUUAAGCUGGACAGAGCGGCUUGUCAGAAAUUCAAUACGCGCAUGCGCGCGCAGAUUUUUUCCCAGCUGAUCAUUGCAAAGGGAUGGUCUGGGCUUCAUAAGGUUGAGUAUUGUCAAAAGGACACUGGUAAAACCAGUGGGUGGAAGUGUCAGGACUGUCACCGCUCCUUCCAGUUUGGUCAAGUGCUGCUCUCUGAUUGCACUCAACAAGAAGGUGCGGCUUCCCAGCAUGGUCUCACCGUGACACAAAAGCGACGUCGGUGGGCUGCUUGGAUCAAAGAAGCUUCCGCUAAGUAUGCUCCCUCUGUGGAGAAGCGGGUCAAAAUCUGGAAAGCAUGCCGCGAGCGUGCAGCAAAAGCUGUCACCAAUUGUGGCAACCGAGGUAAAAGGGCUGGAACCAUAGCUAAGGUUCGGAAAACCAUUGGCAAGACUUCUAGACCUCGUAGCAAAGCUCAGUUGUCCAAUCGCGCUGCUGGAACAGCGGCCACUUGUUCUGGUCUCCGAGGGGUCAGAGUUGGAGAGGCUUCCCACCCGGGCCCGGUCAAUCAGCUCAGAGUUCUCCACCUCAAUAUCAAUUCGCUUCGUAAGCAUUUUACCGCUCUGUGUGCCUUGGCUCGAAGGAAAAAGGUCCACGUCAUGUGCUUACAGGAAACUGGGAUUACCCAAUCACGAAUGCCUUCUUUGGCCAAUUUGUGUCAGAGAAGUGGAUGGCAGAUGGUGGCCAUUCCGGCUCACCUGGUGGAAGGAGGUGGCCGCGGGGGCGUGGCCGUGUUAGUUAAAGAGCCCCUGGCUCUCUCGCAUGUUCAUCAGUCAACUGGUACCUGGGGUCAGCUGCUGGUUUGUGAACUCUUGGGUCAUGCCAUGCCCAUAACGGUUUGCAGUGGUUAUCGAAGGCCGGAUGGUGCCUUGGAUUCUGCUAAUGAGGCCAUUUUGUCCGGCUUUGCCAAGGCCCUUUUCAUGAUCUUAUGGGCCGGCUGGGAGGAUCGGUGGCUGCUGUUUCGGGCCAUCGUACCAGCAGCACCCCGACGGAUUCGUCGUGGAUUUCUGGGUCGUUGUCGUGUGACACUGCCGAAGUGCUUGCACCUCUUUCUGACCAUUUUGGAGCAAGCUGAGGCUGAGUGGACUAAGGCCACUCCCAGUGUUAGUGCGUGGCAACAACUUCUCCGGGAAACUCCUGAGGCUUCUUGGAAGGCUUGGAGCAGUGCGGCCAAUGCUUUCCUGCUCCAGACGGGAAAAACCUGUGCUACGCCUGGCACUCGGGAACGUGGUACUGUGCCUAAGUUGAUCAAUGCCGGUGCCCGGGUGGCCCCCGGGCAACCCCUUCGUGAACGCCAACUUAGGCGUCUGAUUCGCCGCUUGGAUGAGAUUCGGCAUUUAGAAAUCGAACAGUAUCCGCUGCCUCCCGAUUUGGUCCGGGCGUGCGUUCGUGGAUGCAGCACGUGGGACCUGCAGCAACAAGCUGAACUUCAUCAGUGGGGUGCAUGUCGGGACAUCUUGCACCGCAAGCUGCAAGAGACACUUCGUCAAUCUCACCAAACGGCAAUUGCGACUUGGAUUGCUAAGGUCAAAAAUUUUGAUGAAGCUUGUAAAUGGCUCAAACGCAAGGCUCCACCCCCAUGGUCUUUGCGCCAUGGGGAGGAACAAAGCACUGGCAGAAGUGAUGGAGCGGAACUCCUCCGACGGGCUUGGAAGCCUAUUUUUGGCACUGGUCAUGACCCCCAAAGUAGCAUUCGUGCUUUUUUGUCUGAAUAUCAUGCUUGGAUCCCCAAUUUCCCUCAAAUUCAAUGUCCUGAGCUCAGUGCGGAUGAUUUGAGGAAAAGUGUUCGUCAAAUGCGUCAUAAAGCGGCCGGCACAGACCAGUGGUGCGCUUCGGCACUCUUAGCUCUGCCUGACACGGCUUGGGCCCAACUGGUGCAGAUUCUUAGGCAAGUCGAAACUUGGGGUACUUGGCCUGACGCGCUGACGCAGUGGCGCCUCACCUUUGUUCCCAAGGGCCAAAAUGCUGCUCAGGUCACUGAGGCCACUAAGGUCCGUCCGAUAGCUAUCGGCAGCUUGAUUUUCAGAGCUUACGCCAAGAGACGGUUCCACCAGCUCGGCACCCAUUUGACUCAAUGCCUCCCGCCGCUGCAGGUUGGAGGGUUGCCUCACUUAGGUUUGGAUACCUUAGUUUUGGCCAUGCAAAAUGAAACUUCUUUUCAGUCGCACCCCUACGCUGCCAGUCUUGACUUUCAAAAGGCAUUCGAUUCGGCUGAUUGGUCACUUGUUGUGCAGCUGUUACCCAGAGCUGGAGUGCCCGAUGCGAUCGUCAGUGCCUUGGCUGGAAUGUGGAAAUCUCAGACCCGUUGGGUCACUCUUGGGACCUGCGUGGCCAAGCGACCGCUGCGCAACCUUGCUGCUUUGCUGCAAGGAGAUCCGUGGGCGCCCUUAGGGCUCUCACUGGUUUUGGCUCCUGUCAUUCGCCGAAUUGCCAGUAGAAUCCCUGCAGGCUUUCAGAUCACUUACAUGGACGACCGAACAGGUCUUCUUGAUACUCCUGCCUCUUUGAGACUUUUCCUGGAGGAGUGGCGAGCGUUCGAGCGCCUGGGUCGUCUUAAGUCCAAUCAAACAAAAACUCAGAUUUGGGGUCGGACCCCUCAGGCGGUGUCUGAUCUGCGAGAGGCUGGGUUCACUGAGGCCAAGGAUUCUUUCCAUGUUUUGGGAAUCACUUUUGGGGCCACGGAGCCUACUCCUGAGGACAUCAAGCGUCAGAGUGACGCCACCAGUCGUGCCACUGCUAUUGCUUAUUUGCCUGUUUCGGCCAAGUUGAAAAGAGGACUUGCUCAGGCAGUCUACGCUUCCCAUGCUGCGUGGGGGACCUUUUUGAAGGGUCGGGGUCCCACUGCUCAGGAACAGUCGAAGUUUGCCACUGAGUUCAAUCAGGCGGUCCAGAUGCUUCAGAAAGCUCUCCGUCCCUUGGGUUGGACGGCUUCCUCUCAGGGUAUAAAGCGCUCCUGUGGGGCUCCAUUAGGUCUGAAGCGCAGCUGCGCCUUAAGGCCUCUCCGCGAACUCAGCGUGCGGCCUAGGUGGGCCGCUGGUGCGCGCCUCUACACACAAGGUGGAGCUUUGCGCUUUGGCGCUGUGGCUUCGCUCUUGGCAGUGUGUGGCGACAAGGGAGAUGGGUUCAGGAGCAUUAGCCUCGCCUCAGGCGAUGAGGAUCACGGCACCGGAGCUUCAGGAGCUGUGGCCUCCCCGGUGGAAUCUCCCACUGAGGAAUUGGU